AUGCGAGACAUCGAUGAGAUAAAUGCAGAAGCACUGAACGAGAAUGCAGCGAUCAAACAGGCGAUAUUAAGUGGUGAUUCUAAUGUGCAGAAGUUUUAUGAUAACGCUGUAGUGUUCAUCACUGGCGGAUCAGGAUUCAUUGGCAAACAGCUGAUUGAAAAACUUCUAAGGUCAUGUAAUAUAAUGAAAAUUUAUAUUUUAUUACGAGUGAAGAAGAAUAAAACGGUUGAAGAGAGACUGAAGGCUCUUCUGGACGAUCCGGUGUAUGACGACCUUCAUAAGGAACAACCUAACUUUGUAUAUAAAAUAGUUCCAAUAGAAGGUGAUAGUGAGUCUCUGAAAUUGGGAAUUGAUGACGAGAAUUGGAAAACACUUGCCGAGGAGGUUAAUGUAAUAGUCCACGCCGCUGCUACGGUAAACUUUAAGGAAACAGUUAAAACGGCUACUUUAAUCAACGUACGGGGAGCAAGAGAAGUACUAAAAUUAGCAAAAAUUUGCAAAAACUUAAGAUCUCUGGUGCACUUGUCAACAGCUUACUCGCACGCUACAAGAAGUCGCGUCGGAAAAAUGGUUGAAGACGAUUUCUACGGAAGUCCAAUAUCACCAGACAUCUUGAUAGAACUGGCUGAGACCAUGGAUAAGGAGCUUCUCGCCGCUAUGAUAGCUCCACUCCUCAAAGAAUGGCCUAAUACUUACACAUUAACAAAAGCAGUCGCGGAAGAGCUCAUAAGAGUCCAAGGAAGAGGACUGCCUGUCUGCAUUAUUCGACCAGCCAUAGUGGUAGGAUCGUACAGAGAACCAUGUCCUGGUUGGGUUGACGUCAAAAAUGUGUAUGGUCCUAGCGGGCUUGUGCUCGGAGUUACUCUAGGUAUUCUGCAUACUUUUUUGGUGAAAAACAGUGUUAAUGUAGAUUUUGUACCAGUUGACAUUGUUAACAAUAUCAUCAUUGUGGCGGCUUACGAGACGCAAAAUAAAUACGCUUCGGGCAAACGUCAAAUAAAUAUUUAUGCUGCAACUAAAUCUAGAACUCCGGUUCCUUUUGGUGAGAAUUAUUUUAUCUUUUAA